AUGCUAAAAUAUAGAUCUCAUAAUACGGCAAUGGCAAUGAACAAAUAUCGGAAAUUACGAAAUGAUACCAGUGUACGUGCGGUUAUUGACCAAACUAACCAAACUAGUUCUCAAUCUGAUGUAGAAACGACAAGAGAAGAAAGAUACGAUAAACCAGGAUUAUCGAGAUCAAAUGAAAUAUGA